GUCCUAUUUUUAGGACUGAGAAAUGUAGUCCUUCCGGCCCAAGCAACUAUAUUAAUUUAUCAAUUAGCGGCCCAGAGUUCUAAAAUUAGGUCAUUCACUUCUGACACGUACCGAUCCUAAAUCUUUGCGUGUAAAGAAACCUUUAUUUCUUAAAUAUGGCGGUACUGAACGCAGCUAUUAUGAUUACCUGUCAGUUUGACGUUUGACAAUCAAAUGACAGUCUUUUGGCACGCGGAUGUUGGGAAGAUGGCGUCCUCGCGAAAACGUUGCUUGAGGGAUGCAGAAUUAGAAAAUUAUUUAAAUCUAAACGAAUCCGACUUAGAAAUAAGUGAUUACGAUGAUGACAUAUUUGAUGCGGAUUUUCAACCCCCGAGACGUGAUCAGCCUUCUUACUCCUCAACAUCUUCGUCAUCUGAAGAUGAAAAUGAACUAGUUCCUCCAGAGACCCAGAUGGUUACUGCUUCGGUUGGAAAUAAAAAUGUCACGCCUGCAGAAUCUCACAUUUCACGCCGUUCUCGUGGAAAUUCAAGGACUCGAAGCUGCUCACGUGCUCGUGGUCGGGAAAGGUCAUCGCGUGGACGUGGAAGGUCUCAAAGCAUGUCCCAAGAAAAUCAUUCUGUUGUUAUCCAAGAUAUUUCAACUAAUGAGUGGACAGAAGGAGAAUUCAUUCCCAAGUGUAUUCCAUUUACACAACCAGCAUAUUUACCAAUAAAUCCAGAGCAUUUGUUCGAGAAAUACGAUUAUCUGCGGCAGUAUAUAAAUGACAGCUUAUUGCAAAUUAUUGUGGACAAAUCCAAUGAGAUGUAUUUUGCAAGAAAUGGUCGGUUACUGAAUUCUAUAGUAAUACUAUAGUAAUG